AGUUUACUUUAGUCUUCCGGUGAAUAUCACUACGGGUAAAAUCUCCUUAUUUACUCCAUAACGGUGCUUAAAAAGAUAAUAAAAAUUAGCAUAAUGCCAGCGUUAUAGAUAAAUUAAAAUCAUAAGCCGAAGAAUAGUAGAGUAUGACCAAAAUUCAACACAAAUAGAAAAGAAUGUUAUUAAAAUGUAUCCGGUUAAAAAAGAUCCAUGUCAGAUGUAUUUUUAUAUUAGUAGUUACUAUUUUCUUAGUUGUACUUAUAUCAAAACUAAUACCAAAAGAAACACCGAACGGUGGUUACAAAUCUAGCAAACUAAGUAGCAACUUAAGCCAAAUUUUCGAAAAGAGAUUAAGAGACUAUGAAAGCAGGAUUAUCCCGAAUUUGGGCGAUAACGGCGAGGCUGCUGUUCUGGAUGGAGCCGAUGCAAAAGCUGGGGAAGAGGCUUUAAAAAAAUUCGCUUUAAAUACUGUUCUCAGUGAUAGAGUGCCUUUGAAUAGGAAACUAAGGGAUCCAAGGAAUAAAAAAUGUAAAAAUUUUACGUAUAAUACAAAGCUGAGAGCGUCAGUUGUUGUGAUAUUUUAUAACGAAUUAUUUAGUGUCAUCUUGAGGACGGUUUGGAGUGUUAUACUACAAACGCCCAGUCAUCUAUUAGAAGAAAUCAUUUUAGUGGACGAUUCCAGUACAGAUGAGUCUCUUAAGGGUUUGCUCGACUAUUAUCUAGAAACGAGACUGGCGAAUUAUAAGGUCAAAAUGGUACGUCUCAAACACCGUCUAGGACUGAUUCGCGCCCGUCUUCAGGGCGCCAGGGUGGCCCAGGGUGACGUUUUGAUAUUCCUGGAUGCACAUUGCGAAGCUACCAUAGGUUGGGCGGAACCGUUGCUCUCUAGAAUAGAAGAAGAUAGAACAGCUGUCUUGGUUCCUAUCAUUGAUGUUAUAGAAGCUAAUAACAUGGCGUAUUCUACAAACGGCGACACAAGCUUUCAAGUGGGCGGAUUCUCUUGGUCUGGCCAUUUUACGUGGAUAGACAUACAAGAUGAAAAAGAUAAACACACUCUAGGACCAGUGAAGUCGCCCACGAUGGCAGGAGGAUUGUUCGCUAUCGAAAGGAACUAUUUCUGGGACAUAGGAUCAUAUGACGAGCAAAUGGACGGAUGGGGAGGAGAAAAUUUGGAGAUGUCGUUUAGGAUUUGGCAGUGCGGGGGCAGAUUGGAAACGGUUCCAUGCUCGAGGGUGGGUCACAUCUUUCGCGAUUUCCACCCAUAUUCAUUUCCCGACAACAAAGAUACGCACGGCAUUAACACAGCCCGACUGGCGCACGUUUGGAUGGACGACUACAAGAGGUUUUUCUUCAUGCACCAACCCGGAUUGGAAAAUAAUCCGAUAGUUGGAGAUCUUACUCAUCGGAAGCAACUGAGACAAAAGUUGCGAUGUAAAUCCUUCAAAUGGUAUUUGGAUCAUGUUUAUCCAGAAAAGUACAUCCCCGACGAAGACACCUACGCUUAUGGACAAGUUCACACAGAAUUCGACAUGUGCUUGGACGAUUUGCAAUUGCCUGAGGAUAAAGUUGGGCCUUUAGGGCUGUACCAGUGCCAUUCCUUCCUGGCGUUGUCCCAGUUCUUUUCGAUGAGUAACAAGGGUGAAUUGAGGAAAGAAAACGUCUGUGCUGAGGUAUUUAACGAACGUUACGUCCAGCUAACUUUGUGCCACGGCCAUAAGAGGGAACAAUACUGGCAGCUAUUCAAAAACGGUACCAUAUACAGUCCCACGGUUAACAAAUGCUUAAGUAGCGAAGGCGUGGACAAUGGUAGGAGCGUCAAAGUUGAAGAUUGUAAAGAGAGCGUCUUUCAGAAAUGGACUUUUGAUAAGAUCAAUACGACUGCAGUUAUCUACUAAACUAUAAUUGUAAAAUAUGUCUAUAAGUUGUGCUGAUGGACCCCAUCCGUGGGAAGGAGGGAUACUAGGGGGGACUAGACUAACAAAAACCAAACAACAACUAAAAAAAAGACACUACAUCGUAUCUUCGUUAAUAAUGAACGUCUACCGACAUGUUAAUAGGUAUACUACAAGGAAAUACUUUAUACAGGAACUAUUAUUUCACUUUUUAUUUUAUUCAGACUCUCUCCCUCUCUCCCUCUCUUUCUAGUAGUGGUAAUAAUUAAACUUGUAGUUAAAAUAACACCCAUCAUUUAUAAAUUCUCCUGGAUAAAUGUUAUUUAUAUUAGAUUUCAUUAUACAUUGUUACAUAUUAUAUUCUAACAACUUCAAGCCGAUUUUAUUGGAACAUAUCAUGAAAAAAAAAGGAAAUCAAAAUAUUAUUGUGUCAUUAUAUAAGCUCAAAGUAGAAGUAUAUUUAGUAUUUUUUAUUUAAUCUUAAUACAAAUUUGCAAAAUUUAUUUUUUAAUGACUUUAAAUUUAAAUCAAUUUAAUUUUAAAAUUUAUUUAAUUAAAUUUAUUCUGAGUAUAAAUUUAAUUGAUAUAAUGUUUUAUUUUUUUAUUUAUGGUUGUGCUAUAAACAAAGACUUAUCACCUUAUUUUAUAUAAUUUUUGCUAUUCAAUUAUUGUACAUUUUCAUGUUGUGCAACUGUUUUCUGUUACAAAUAAAGAGUAUUUUU